GCCACAAGCUUCAUUCCAACCUGCUUCUGAAUAUAUAAAAUAUUGGUCCGUGGUGGGGCCACCUUAUUCUCUGUCCUCACACCAGAAUCUGAAGAAAGAAUCUGAGCCCAAAGUCUGAGGACACGCUGCAGAGGAUCAUGAAAGCCCUCAUCAUCAUCGCUGUCAUCGCCAUGACACUUGGCUCCCUGGCCUCUCAGGACCAGGAACGAGAAAAGCGAAGUUUGGAGAGUGGCAGUGAUGAACGGUUUUCUCGGUUUUAUGGGAACCGUUACUGGUAUCCAUUUGGACCCUACCAACCCUACCCACCCUACCCACCUUUUGGCUACCCCAGAUAUCCAUGGCUGUGGUAUUACUUUGUCUCAGCACCGCCUCCAGCAUCAGCUGCUCUUUCUAAAAAAAAUAAGUCAAACAGAGGACCAUGAGGUCAUGCUCAAAUUCAACCUUGACUUCAUGUUCUCUAAAAGCUGCCUGCUCGAAGAAGGCAUACUGAGGCCAAAGAGGAAACCUUUGUUGACUCAUAUCUUUGACUCAAGGCAUUUAACUAUGUUCAGUGUGAUACCUCUUCUAUAAUAAACAUUAAUGGCAAAUGUUUCAA